UGUAGCAUCUUUUACCACAGCAGCAUGUGUCCAUGGUGAAGAAUAUGAUGGAUGGAAUGACUAUCCACCGUCACCACCCCAACCCACCCUUCCACUCCAACCGCCGCCACCAAAUGUCAACCAAACCCACCAACACCUUUCCUUACACCCACCACUCCAAUUUCUCACACCCACUCCAAUAAUAACAACCUUUAUAAACCCAAAACACCCACCACACACACCACCCCACACCACACCCUCUCUCAUCAUGGCCACCCCAAACGACGCCGCUUCGCCGACCAAGAAGCCUCAACCCAUCCCCUGGACCCACCAAGAAACUGUCCACCUCAUCCGCGCCUACCAGGAGAAGUGGUACGCGCUCAAGCGCGGCCCACUCCGCCACAACCAGUGGGAGGAGGUCGCCGUGAUCGUAGCCGCCCGCUGCGGCUACGACCUCGCGUACCCCGCCAAGUCCGCCCUCCAGUGCCGCCACAAGAUGGAGAAGCUCCGCCAGCGCCACCGCGCCGAAAAGAAACACGUCGCCGCCACGCUCCGUCCCGCCGCCUGGCAGUACAACGCUCUCAUGGAGGACCUCGAAUGCGGCCCCCUCCCCAUCUCCGCCCUCGCCCCGUUCCAAAACGACACCGAUUCAGAUCCCGACGACGAUGGCACUUAUCGGAACGGCAAUGAUGGCGAUGAGAGCUUUGUGAAGUCGAAGAGUAUUAACUGUAUUCUCGGCGAGAGGCCCGUGAGAAUGAAAAGCGGUGAAAGAGGGUUUUUGAGGGAGCGUGCGGAAGAAGAACGAGACGAAGACGACGAUGACGAUCGCGACGACUAUGUUUUGGCGUUGCCGGCGGAGAUUAGGGCUUUCGCUGAGAGGUUUAUUGGAAUGGAGAGUUUGAAGAUGGAAAUGAUGAAGGAAACUGAAAGGUGUAGGUUGGAGAUGGAGAAGAAGCGGAUCCAGAUGAUUGUGGAUUCACAGCGGAGGAUCGUUGAUUCCAUUGGGAGGGCGUUUGGGUCUAACAAGAGGGUCAAGAUUACUCAACAAAUCUGAAAGAGAUUGUGAAAUAUAUAAUGAUCGAGAUAAACUCUGAAUGGUUUCUACUAUGGAAGAGUCUACAGAAAUAGUUGCAUAGCGUGCUGCUAGUUGUUUAUUCUAUUUAUUAUUGCAUUUGAAGUCUGUACUUCUCACAUUAAUGAGGGUAAGUUCAUUUUUUGGCAUAAGUUGAUUAUAAUGCAAGCGAUAUCUUUACAAUUAUAAUGCUUAGUUGAUUAUGGCUUUGUUGUGAAAAAAUCUAUUAAGAUGAAUGUUAACCUAGAAAGAAACAUACCAGAAAACAUUUUUAUCUUCUCUGUCAAAUAUUAUACGUCUUUAUUUCUCCACAAUGGUCCCAAUAGAGAUCAAUAUGUCUGUCUGGAACACAGGGCAUUGUGGAGUGAUUUAUGUCUCUUUUACAAUUAAUUUACUGGAAGUCAAAGUUAUUAGCAGUUGAUUUUAUCUGGUACAUUUAUGCUUGUGCUUAUAAUGCUGGACAGGGUUAUUUUAGAGUCAAAGAUUGUGCUUACUAGCUUGAUGGCUUCUUACCCAGUUUCUUAAGACUAGGGGAUUGUGUUACUGGUUGAAGCCUCCAUAAUGAUUCUGUUUCUGGUUCAAGCCUUCACUAACCCACGUAUUUUCUUUUCCAUCGUAAUGGCUACUGCUUUCAAUUCUCUAAGAACACCAGGGAAAAGUAGUUAUUGUGCAUUUAUCUAUAUAUCCACUUAUUAAUGAGUAAUGAUGAAAAUUUCCUCACUCAGUAGUAUCACACAUGCAUAAUGCUGGUCAUUUUACAAGACAAACAGCGACAUGACAACACUGAUGUUCUAUCUAAUUAGUUGUAAGGUGGCACCAACUAUGAUCAAACUUUCCAGAUACCAAAGAAGUCUUCACAUUUUCAUCUUGCUAAUUUGAAAGAUCUGCUUCUCUUAGGGUCUUCGGAUUACCCUUCUGGCUGUUUCUUCUUGUAGGCAAUUACAUGAUAAUAUGCAAUAGUGGCCAUCUAACAUUAAUCUAUUUCAUGUUUUUCAUUUUUAUGAUCUGUCUGGGAAUGAUUUUUUUGACAACAUUUCAGUAAGUAGGUGCAAUCAUGCUUUAGCCUAUAUGUAAGUUGUGUUAAUUUGUUUAAAAUAGUACCUGUGUUGUAUGGUUUUCCAUGUAUCAUCAUGAAGUUGUCUCGAAUCAUCUCGAUUCUAAAGUUAAAAGAUGCUUGGAGCCCAAAUGUUACUUUUGGAUUAAUGACUUUCAAAGCAGAUCAGAUCUUGUUAAAAUUUAUGCAUUAAAGUGUUUACCUGGCUCUAAGAGUAUAGUAUAGCCAAGCUAAAUAUUUGUAAGGAAUUUCUCAAGCAGAUCGGCAAGAAAGAUAUAUUUUUUACUUACCUAUUAUUUAUUUGGCCUUAAACAGACUUCAUUUAAGACAGAACAUUCUAAGGCCUGAUUUGUUAAGUCAAAUCUAUAUGAAUUGCAUAAAUCUUGAAACUUCUAAACCAUCUGGUCCAUCUCGCCCAUUGGGAUUAAAAUGUGCUUUUAAAACUAGUUGAACAAGUAUGAAAAUAUUGAAGAGGUUUCUGUAGCUGGUUUAACCAAUUUUCGACAAUUCAUUGUUUCAACAUAUUAAAUUUGAGUUGUUAGAUGUAGGAGGUCUGUCUCCUAGUAGGAAUCCUGACUUUUCUAAGGUCUAGGUUAAUUGCACUAAUUGGGGAAGGAGUAAAGAAUUGCAAUUUCAUACAUAAUAGUCUAUCAAGAUUGGAUUUUUUUUUCCAGAAAUAAACCCAAUUU